AUGGGUAAAAAUAACACUCAUUCGGACGAAGAAGCUGCUCUCUCUACCGACUUAAUGAGUCUUCACAGUAUCUCCGAAUCAAACCACAUCCCACCCCAGAAUGCAUCCAUCCAGCUCUCAAACACACAGGAUGUACCUGACCGACAACUCGGCCCUGCCUAUCUUUGUUUCAUAGACGCCUCCUCAUCCACUGGUUACACCACCCGACACGUAUCUACCUGGACUCGAUCCCACGGGGACAGUUAUCCAGAUUACAUAUUUAUCUCUUACACGCGUCUCCAAUUCUACACUAUUAUCUCCGGAGAUCCUAGUUUACCAUCUUCGAUUAACGCUCGGCGGAGAGCUGCUGCGGAGAGAGACAUGGAUAUGCUAAUCCGAUUCGCGAUACGCGCUACCAAAGCCGCGGGUAUAGAUGCCUUUUGGAUAGACUAUGAGUGUAUACGACCUGAAGAAGACGAGGAUGCGGAUGAGAAUGUAAAUUCACCAAGUACAAAAGCACAAUGGUUACAAGACUGGGGAAGUCGUCUCUGGACGGUUCCAGAAGCUCUUCUAUGUCCAGCCGAACAUCGAAUUUCUAUCUACACGCCCGAUACCACAGAGCCCGAACUAGUCGCCAAACGAAAUCUGCCCGGUCGCGUCUGGGAUGAUGCGAUCGCACUUUCCCUCGCAAAUGAUAGUGAUAUGCUUCUUGAGCGAUUACUCUGUCUCAAAUUGAAAGAUCAUCGGGCGCCAUGGCAUGAGAUGCAGGAUGUUUGGGGGGCGAAAUUGUGGGAUAUUACGCCAAUUUGUCAGAUUUCCGAGGUGGUGGAGAAUGACACUGUGAUAUUGGGAGAUGCCAAGGGCGCGAUGAUUAACUGGGCGUUUCUUGAAGCAAUUGAUUAUGAGCCUAUACGACCACAGAUAGCUAAUUGGACGCUACUGAGAUUGGGUGCGUAUUUUAGUAUGAUAUUUGUGCUUUUUGUAGCGAUGAUGACGGUGUUUCUGAGUCGUGAAACUGAGAGACAUAAGAGGAUAACGGCGUUUCCGUUUUCGAUCUUGUGGCAAACAUUUUUGGGCGUGUUUGUAGGGCAUGUAAUUGCGGUGCCAUGGGUGCUGCGCCAUUUGUAUGGUUCUGAAAUUCAUCAGACGCAGGCUAGAUUAUAUGGAAUUUCUGGGCGUCCUGAAUUAAGCAGAGUGGAAGAGUUGAUGUUUGGGUCCGAUCAGGGACGCUUGCAGUGGAUGGAACGAGCAAAUAGUGCGGCGGAUCCUCUUGUUGGAGAAGAGCAUGGUGACAAGAAUGGACUUAGAUCGUUCACGCUCAUCGACACAUGUACAUUGACAGCGAUUCCAUUCGAAGCUGAGCUUCCUCCUUCGGUAGUCUUGGCAGGCGCGCGGACUCGUGGACUAGUACGGAUGCUUUUAUGCUCGUAUGAUGCCACCGCGGCGAAAUUAUGUAAAGAGGCGGUUAUGCAAAUGGAAACUGUGGUGCUUGACAGGAUGCCGAAGUUAAAUCGAGUGCGGUUUAGUUUGAAGCCAGCGAGGGGGAAAUUGACAAAUACAGAGUAA